UAGAGUGUGUUUCCCGCUAUCUCAAGAGUAAAAGCUACGACUUGGAUUGGGUGUAUUUCAUAUUUUCUCUUCCAUCUGCGGGUCUUAUAGCAGCUUCCUCUUAAAUUUUUCUGUUUUCUCCGUAGAUAUUUUUUUUUCUUGAGAGAGAAAGAGAGCAUUUGGGUUCGUUUCGGGCUAGUUCUUCCCCCUGCUUUUUCUUGUCCACAAUGGAAGAGAUUACAGAUGGAGUAAAUAACAUCAGCAUCGUAGAUUCGCACAAGAAGAAUCGGAUUCAGGUCUCCCAUACCAAGAAGCCGCUUUUCUUCUAUGUUAAUCUCGCUAAGAGGUACAUGCAGCAACAUAAUGAGGUUGAACUUUCCGCCCUUGGAAUGGCUAUUGCCACGGUUGUCACCAUUUCGGAGAUCCUGAAGAACAAUGGACUGGCUGUUGAGAAGAAGAUCACAACAUCUACUGUUGAUAUGAAAGAUGAAUCAAGAGGGCGACCCAUCCAGAAAGCAAAGAUUGAGAUAUUGCUUGGGAAGACGGAGAACUUUGAUGAGUUGAUGGCCGCUGCAGCAGAGGAAAGGGAGCUUAGAGAGCUUGGAGAUGGAGAGGAGUAAAGCUGAGUUGGAUGGAUGUUCAUCAUGCAUCUGGUUUGUCGUUUUUAAUGCGCUUUGCUGAUCGGUUUUCCUUGGCUCUUUGACAUUUGCGUGAGAAUGGCCAUUGGAGUGGCAUUAAGAAGUGUUCGAUAGUUUAUGAUAAUAUUGUUGCAGUAGGAGCUUCUGUAGAAACCCAUGCUUUUACCAUUCAAAUUCGAUUUUGUUAUUUUUAUUUAA